CAAAAAUUUCAAGUAGUUCAUACUCAUUUUUCAUAAAUGAGUUUGAAGGAACAUCCCGACAUAUAAAGAACAAGAGAGUAGAAAAAAAUAUCUUAACAGUUUGCAUCUUCGAACAAAUUUACAGAUUGUAAUUGCACGUCAGAAAGAAACAUGGAAAAAGACGAUGAUUCUCCCGAGGACGUUAAACGAGCCACUUCUGUCGAGCGUGAAAUAAAGAAAGGACAAAAAGAUGAUACGUUCGAAGGUUAUCCGCGAAUAGUAGAAAAAAAGAAAAGAUGGGAACACUGUGAUAAACCAGCCUUAAAAAAACCUAAGCAUAUAGAGAAAUCGAGCGACGAGUGCUGCCAAAAACAAAGAGGAAGAAGGAGAAAGGCCGAAAAAUUCAUAAUGGUUUCAAUGUUUGAAGAGGCCUGUACAUUUCCAAAAAUGGACAUCAUACCUAGACACUGUCUAACAAAGCAAGAUUAUAUCGAUAUGUUGGCCACUCCAAGACGCAAAUGUCCGCCAGAGUGUGGCAAAAAGAUGGUACUUAGAAAAUUGAAACCUGUAUCACCGCGAAUCAAAGAAUUGGCCCAACCGUCAAGACAACGAAUGUUAAUGACUUUACAACAAGGCGCGUCGAUAUUACCCCCGGCUCUUUUGGACAAUUUAGUCCGAACCAUAGAGAAAGAAACUUGCUUAACUCCUGAGCAAGCUGCGAAAAUUUCACGCAAGAAAAAGGCUCGCAGAAAGAAAAGAAAAGGAGGAACAGAUAAGUGGCAAUAUAAAGAGGCAAACAAAUCAAAGAAACCGGGCGGUGGUAUAACGCCUGGUGCAGGAUCUUUCGAUAAAGAUUCAGUCUCUUGUCAAUACCUUAUGGCCGAGCGUUUUGUCCGAAGUAUUUUAAAAUGGAAGUGUUCAUAUCCCAAGUCGGAGUUCAACGAUGUUACGGAAGUGAUAGUUCGACGUUUGGUAGAUAUUCUCGAAUACAGCCCUCCGCAAGACGAAGACCGUAAAUCGCAACAACUGCGCUAUUUGGCCGAUGUAAUAGCUUGUUGGAUAACCGGAGUGUUGACCGAGGUUGCGCAGUAUCAAGAGGAAAAACUCAUGGAACAAUGUAAGAAAAAAGAAGAGGAAAUGAAAAUAGAUGAAGAGGAGGAGGACGAGGACGAAGACGAGGAAGAUGAAGAUAAAGAUCUAAGAAGAUAUGAAGAUGAUUACGAUCGUGAACCAGAUUUAGACUGGGAAGAGGAUAAAAGACCAAUAGAUAAAAAAAUAAAAAAAAGAGAAGUUGUGUCGAAGCUUGAGAAAGAGAUGGAAGAAGAUGUAACACCUGAAAUGGAUGAUAAAGUAGUGGAAAUAGAAUUACCGGUGGAAAUGGAGACAGAAACUCAAGUAGAAUCAGAAGAGCAAGUGGAGACGGAAAUGCAAACGGAACCAAAAGUCCAAGUUGAAGUGGAAGUAGAAACUCAAUUAGAUACAGAAACGGAAGUGGAAAAAGAAUUAGAAAUAAAGUUAGAACCAGAACCAGAACCAGAAUUAGAAUCAGAACUCAAAUUCGAACCAGAACCAGAAGCAACAGUAGAAAUAAAACAAGAACCAGAAGCAACAGUAGAAAUAAAACAAGAACCAGAAGCAACAGUAGAAAUAAAACAAGAACCAGAAGCAGAACCAGAAGCAACAGUAGAAAUAAAACAAGAACCAGAACCAGAACCAGAAGUAACAGUAGAAAUAAAACAAGAACCAGAACCAGAAUUAAACCCAAAACUAGAAUUAGAAAUCGAAUCUGAACCAGAACCCAAAGUCGAACCUGAACCAGAAAUCAAAGCCGAAUCAGAAUCAGAAGCCAAAGUCGAAGAACCAGAACCAGAACCAGAACCAGAACCAGAACCAGAACCAGAACCAGAAUUAGAACCAGAACCAAAACUACUAGAACCAAAACCAAAACUACUAGAACCAGAACCAAAACUACUAGAACCAGAAGUAAAACCGGAACCAGAACCAAAACUAGAAUUAGAACCACAAGUAGAACCAGAGGUAGAAAGAAAAGAGGAAGAAGAGGAAGUUGAAGAACUCUUAGAUGAGAAAGAAAUUGAAGUACCUCCAGUUGAAAUGAAAUUACCCAAAGACAUAGAUAUUAUCGAAGGAUUGAAGGAUUUAGAAGAAUUGUUUAAAACCGAUCUUCCUUUUCUUACGUUCGACAAGAUUAUCGAUACCAUCUAUAAAAUGAUCGAAUGUAUGCCAGAGAAUACGGGUGAGGAUCCAAUAACAAAUGGUAUACAUCGUGCAAUUUACGAGAAAUUAAGCAAUAUAGUGAGACUGGAAAAUCCAGACCUUUUAACAGAAGAACUGAAGAUUAUCAUGAACGUAGUGUGCGGAAAGAUCGCCAAUUGGUUGAGAUCAAUACUAAGCAAAUCUCAGAUUGCAUUUAUGGAAAAAUACAUACCAGAAGUGGAGUCUAAAGAAAUUAGAGAUUGGACCAGAUGGCUCGUGUACAUCAGUGACGUGGCUAAAGAUUGGAAUAUAUGGUUGCGGAGCAUAAUCGAGAAGCUAUUGGAAAUGGAAAGCGAGAAGAUCACUCGCGGAGAAUGGCAAGAUUGGACAAGAUCUUUCGAUACUAAGGCUUUGCUUUGGAGACGGUUUCACCUACAAACUUUGCACCAAGCACAUCGUAACGUUACAAUGUUGAUUGGUCGACAUGUUGUUAAAACAGGAACGAAACGCAUGGUUCCUGAUAUAUCUGAGCAGUUAAUUAACGUUACCGACCUACGCACUUGAAAAACAUCAUCCCGAAUAUUCGUUUUGUCAUUUUCUUCGAAUUUAUAUAUUAUAAACAGAAGAGCAGUCACGCGUGCGGACGAUCACAUUUAUUUAUCACACCCACUAUAAGGUGGAAUUCAAGCCAUAUGCAUGUAAUACAUUAAGCGCAACACCAUUCGGUUAGAUGUCUAUAACAGUGUACAAUGUUAUCGGUGUGUUAAUUGAGACGUAAAUGAAUCGCUUAUGAAAGGCACAACCUCGAUCGAAACUCGUCGAAGCUCGUGAAACGCCUCCAACUUUCAAGUUCAUCAUUUGACGACGAAUACGUUAACCUACUUGAAAUUCAAUAGAUGUAUAUCUCAACGAAGUGGAAACAACAAUCAAAAUAGGAAGAAACGUAAAAUGUGGAAACGAAAGACGAAAAAAAAAAAAAAAGAAAAAAAAUAUAUAGAAACUAUACGUGUAACUUGUAGAUAA